CCACCCGUCUCACCCCCUGUUCAUCAGCAGCCAAACCAGAGGCACUCCACAUCACCCAUCCGUGUAGUCCCAGCAGAUGUCAGUAGACGAUUAUCAGAUUCCGAAAUCAAUACGCCUCCAAAAGGUAAGAUUGUGUUGUUCUGGUGUACCAUAGAAUCAACCUUGACUAUGAACUGUUCUAAUUAGUUUUACUGUAAAAUACAAAAGAAGCAACAUUGGAUGCUGUUGUUGAUGGGUGAUUUUUUGGGGGUUGUUUGUGGCUAGGAGUAUAGGAAACUUGUUUGACAGCCUCAUAAGGAUGACCCUAUGAUUCAUUUUACACACCUUGAAUACGAAUGCACAAACAUAAUUCAUAAUUUUUUUUUAAUAGUUAGUAAGGCAGUUUUCUUGUGUCACAUUAACACUGACUUGAUCAUCUUCCCUCAAGUGAUGAACAGUGCCAGAAUUGUGCAGCUCAGUUCUAAUGUACAGCAAAAUCCUCUAUACUCCAAGGCAUCAAUGAUACAGCAAAGCAUAGAUUUACUG